AUUCUCCGACAGUCCGUGAAUGCAGCACCAGCUGGCCCUCUGCGCAGAAACAAUCAUGGCGGACAAGGUGUCCAGCAGCGUCAUCCAGCCUUCGGCCAAACGCAGACGCCUCAACCCCGCCGCCAUCGUCCCAGUCCCCGUCUACUCCAGCAGGGUGAGCAGCAGUCUGCAGCUGAAGCCCGCAGCAUGCCUGCUUGGAGGGAGGGAGAGCUCAGAUGAUGGCGGCGAUGAGAGCCUGUGGGUGGAGUUUAACCCCCGGAGGCCCGCCUCCAGCACUGCGGUGGUGGAGCUCAGCGACUCCGAGGAGGAACCAGAACCUGGGCGGUUCCGAUCCAAACCCACAGAGAACCAGCUAGGACACGCUGGCUGUCCGUCCCCACCGCCGCCUGAGAGCCCGGUCCAGAAGCAGUCCAGCAAGGCCCGGCGGAAGCUCAGUGAGAUCAACAAGAAGCUGCUAGCCGUCAGCGCCGUUCUGUCUCCGGAGCCUCUGGAUCGGAGAACCGGUCGGCGCCGGAACCGUAGGAACCCAAGGUCCGACCCGAACGACGACAGUGAUGAUGUCGUCAUCAUGAGCCUGGCGGACGGGUCCGACUCGCCGCGGGAGAUUCCACUGAAGAUCCGCUGCCGGACUGACAUCCACAAGGUUCUGGUGCUGCCGUCGACCCGACUCAGCGAGGUGUUGGGCCGGCUGGCCGCCAUCCUGGAAGUCCCGCCCCCUCGCCUGCUGCUGCUGAGGGAGGAGCUGGAGCUGCCAGCCGGCGCCACCGUGGGCCAGCUGGACCUCGGCAUCGCAGACAUCUUAGGUGAGUCACAUGGACCGGACCGGGCCGGACCGGUACAUAAACUGCUGGUGAGGGAAACAAUCAAAUUCUCUUCCGAAAGGCAAAUAGAUCAGUAAUCGGAUCAAUAACAAAGGAUUUUCUGUUUCAGGUUUAGAGUCGCUCAGUUGGUUUCUCAGUUUAUUACUGAUUUAAUGAAAUUUCAUGAAAAUGUUUCCGAGUUAUUUUGUUAGUUUUUGAACAAUAAUCAGGAGUUGUUCCGAUCGAUCGGCCACCGAUCAUAAUUGGCCGAUUUCCGUGAAAAAGCGUACGAUCGGUGAUCGAUCAGCGUCUCUUGUUGCCGAUCACAAGUAUCUGACUUCUCCGCCUGCGUUGCAGCUCGUCUCCUCUUUCCUUCUCGCUGCGCAGCAACAAGCGCUGAGCCACGCGGUGAGAAACCUGAAGGCCGAGCGAACGGGGACGUUGAAUGACC